AUGUCUGAGCAAGAAGAAGUGCAGUUGCCCAAGCUCGGAAAGGCACCUCAGGUGCGAGUCAACGGCAAGAACUGGAAGGAGACCAAGACCCCGUUCCGAACCUCGAGCCUCAGUGUGCCCCUGAAACAUAGAUCGUGGGAACGACGGCAAAAGGAGCGGGAAAACCUGCGAAUGAUCAAGGCUAAAGAGAAGGAAAUGAAGGACGAAAAGGAGGCUGAGCAUGCCGAGAAGGUGCGACGAAUCAAGGAGCGCCGAAUGGCCAAGGAGGAGAAGGAGCGACUGGAGAAGAUGACUGCCAUUCUGUCGGCCAAGAAGCUGGCUCGACGAAAGCGGAAGGAGAAGCGAAACAAGCUGCUCCGAGAGCGAAACUAA